AUGCUAUGCUCUUUUCCUCUCUUUGUCAAACCCUAUUAUAAUAGGCCUAUUUUCCACUCCAUUGACCAUGCUGGCCAAGAGAAGAAAUCAAGAAACUUUAUUUCAAGUAGUGGCUCUUCUAGCUAUUAUUUUAAUAAUAGGCCAAAACCAAUUAGAACUAGUAUUUCAACUAACCAAGAAAAGUUUCACAAGCAUAUUGACCAAUAUCCCAAAGACUUCAACUUUUAUGAUUCUUCUCUAGCAAAGGAAAAACCUAAACAUGAUGAAGAUGGUUUUAAGAAGGCAAAGUCAAGAGGUUUGAAGAUUUAUAGAGAAUUAAAGAAAGCUAAGCAACCUAAUUCUCAUGGAAGUAGACUAUCAAGUUUCUUGAACUCACUUUUUACAAAUGGAAAAAAAACAAAAAAUUCCUCAAAUGAUAAUGACAAUAGAAAAAUAAAAUCAGCAAAUGCAUCAACUUGUUCUUCAUUUUCUAGACUAAGUUUAAGCAAAAAUAUUAUUAGUACUCCAUGUGGACAAAAUAAUUAUGACAUGGACCAACAAAAUGUGGAGGCUAUAAAUGGAAUUAGUAGUAAUUAUGUUCAUGAAGAAUAUGAAGAUGAUGAUGAUGAAGGUGCAAGUUAUGCAAGUUCUGAUUUGUUUGAGCUUGAUAUCUUUUCUUCCAUGGGAUUAAUGGAAUUACCUGUCUAUGAAGCAACAAAUCUAGGUACUAAUUAUCUUGCCAUUGAUGCAAAUGGUAAUUAA